AUGGCUCGUCGCAGAACCUCCCAUAGCGAGCCGAUGAAUGAAGCACCGGCCUACCCUUUCUCCAACGGAACGACCUCCCCCUCGACCCCGCGUCGCGGACCCAUCGAAGGUCCCAAUGGCCGACGCUUGAUUCGGCGCGUCACCUGGCGCUCAUCGACCUACAAACUGAUGGCCUCGUUGUGGGUUUUGGGCGUUCUUUACAUUCUCUGGUUGAUUCGGGAUCUCUUUUACCUCCCAUUCAAUCCAUCCGAGUCUAUGCCCCCCAUCCCCGCCGAAUAA